CCGGAAGUUAUGGUUUCUGUUCCUAACAGAUGAGCCGCCAAGUUGUCAUCGCCCUCAUAGAGUUCAUCGUUAAGAAAACAGACCUCUUGCUGAAAAAUGGAAAGUUAGAAAACACUAACUAUGAUAAUGUGGCAUCAACAUUUAAAUGCAGUACAUCGGCUGGAUGGUGACGUGUAACCAUAAAUGUAUUAGUCGUCUGCGAGGCCCCGUCCACUCCAGCGAAUCUGUCACUGGUUUAGCGCAGGACUAUAUCAAAGCCUGGUGAAACAAGAUGGGUGACUGUCAGAUUUUUACUGACAGCCACGCGAAAUCCAUACUGAGCACCAUGAACAAUCUUCGGAAAACCUAUACACUGUGUGAUGUUACACUCAAUGUUCAAGGCGAGAAGUUUCCAGCUCAUAGAAUUGUACUCGCUGCCUGCAGUGAUUACUUCUGUGCUAUGUUCACAAAUGAGAUGUGGGAAAAGGACCAAGCAGAGAUCACUUUGCAUGAAAUCUCAGCCUCUGUCAUGGAAGUCUUGUUGGACUUUGUGUACACAGAGACAGUUAACGUCAGCGUUGAAAAUGUUCAGGAGUUGCUUCCUGCAGCCUGUCUUCUACAGCUGACAGGUGUGCGGGAAGCUUGUUGUCAGUUCUUAGAGAAACAGUUGGACAGCACCAACUGCCUUGGGAUCAAGAUUUUUGCUGAGCGCCACAACUGCUCAAACCUGUGGGCUGCAGCAGAUCGGUACAGUGUGCGGCACUUCCAGGAUGUGGUCACUCAAGAGGAGUUCAAAUCUCUCCCACUGGAUGAGGUGGAGGCACUGGUCAAAAGUGACCACCUGCAGGUGAAUUCUGAGGAACCCGUAUUCCAGGCAGUGGUUGACUGGGUGAAACACGACGAAAAAAACCGGUUGGUUUGGUUACCACGACUGCUGCAGUUUGUUCGACUGCCUCUGUUGUCUGCUCGCUACAUCACUGAUAUUAUUGAUAAUGAGCCUCUUGUGCGUACAAGUCACGCAUGUCGAGACUUGGUGGAUGAAGCAAAGCGGUUUCACUUGCGCCCUGACCUUCGCAGUCAGAUGACGGGUCCACGCACAAAGGCACGCAUAGGUACUGAUGACCAGCUGGUAGUCGUGGGAGGAUUUGGAUCCCAUCAGAAUCUGGUGGAUGUGGUGGAAAAAUACGACCCCAAGACACACAGUUGGACAAGAUUACCGAACUUAACAAGGAGGCGGCGCUAUGUAUCUUCAGCCGCUCUAGGAGGAAAGUUGUAUGUUAUGGGUGGCUACGAUGGCCAUUCGCGACUGAAUCUAGUGGAGUGUCUUGAUCUGACUCAGUCCCAGCUGGCCUGGAACACCAUUGCUCCCAUGCAUCAUCGCCGUGGUCUGGCUGGUGUUUGUGUCUAUAAAGAUCACAUCUACAUGUGUGGGGGUUUUGAUGGUCACACUCGCCACACUAGCCUGGAGCGUUACGACCCUUCUACAGACAAGUGGACCAUGCUGAGUGGAAUGGCUAUAGGACGAGAGGGAGCAGGCCUUGUUGUCGCUGGCGACAUGAUAUACUGCAUUGGUGGCUAUGAUGGGAUUAAUCUUUUGGACUCUGCAGAGUGCUUUGACCCUGCCACCAAGCAAUGGUCCUCUAUUCCCUGCAUGUCUACACAACGCUCAGGUGCAGGGGUGGCUGUGGUCAAUGAAGUUAUUUAUGUGUGUGGUGGCUACGAUGGAAGUGAUCAUCUGUCCAGCGUUGAGUGUUUUAACACCCAGACAAACCACUGGACCAGUCUUCAGCACAUGAUGGUCCCUCGCUGCUAUGUUGGUGCCUGCGUUCUUCGUGGACAGCUGAUGGUUGUGGCAGGUUACGACGGCAACACUUUGUUGAGUACAGUGGAGGUGUACGACCCACUGCGUGAUGUGUGGGAGAUGCUGGAUGACUGUAUGGGGACCCCACGUUGUGACGCUGGCGUUUGCAUUGUUAGAAUGCCAUGAUGCCAUUUUUGGCAUUUUCAGUGUGCAGUAUUUAUGUUGUCAGAGAUCUUGAGAAGAACACACCGAUCGUGACAUUUUGUACAAAGAUAGGGUAGGAGAAAGACACACAGUUGUUUGCCACCUUGUGUAAAGGUGUGUGUUUGUUGGAAGGCCAUGGCUAAUACAUGCAGCUUUUGCCCUCCUGUGCAAGGGUGCAUCUGUGUUGUCAGAAGGCUAUAAGAAGCAUGCAGCUUUUGGCUUCUUGUUAAAGGGAGAGUGCAAUGUGAGAAUCAGUUGUAGGGAUUUGGAACUGUUUGUGACUGUCCCACUUGUGUGGUGUUUUUCCCUGCCUGAUGAGCAACUCAACCAGCGGUCUUACACACCAUGUAGUUCUGGUAGGUCUAACAUGAUGGUGUCACCUAACAAGCACCUGUGAUUGAAUGAUUGUAGGGUUUGUGAUAGAGGAAACUCAUAUGUAUGACACAGAGUAUGCAUGAUCCACAUGUGUAGGUGCAUGAGAGUGUGUGUGUGUGGAGUGAGAGAGAGAGUGCAGACUAUGAGGAGAUAAGAACAGUUGUAGACAUGAAUGAGUGUGUGUGAGUAGGACGUUGUAGACAUGAUUGACAGUGCUAAAAAAUGCAAAGACUAUGCUUUCUGAUGGAAUUCCAAGGUAUUUAGUUUUUGCUACAUUCACUGUUGUGUAGCUUAAAGGAAUACACGACCCCAAAUACGACAUGGCAGCAAGGCACGCAACAUGUUUGACCCACCCAAACACUGUCAGGCUUCCUAAGAAGCAGAAUAUUUUUCUCUUCAGCACUCUUCAGAUCAGUCUACUCUUAUCAGACAGUUAGCAAUAGUAACUUGUACAACUACAAUCUUAUGAUUACAACUGCUUUCCAGAUGGAAAUACUGCAUUUCAACCAUGAGCAGAAGUUCUACACCACAGUAAAUGAGUGUAAUAGAUCUUAAGACCUGAUUUCUUUUAAAAAAAUUAAUGAUACUUAUUAGCUGCUACAGUACUUGUUAGCAUGAAGAAUAUGUUGCUUUCAAAAUUGCUGUAUUAAUAAACCUAGACAUCAACUCUUGCAGUAUCUUCAGUUGCCGAUGCUGGUGUUUCAGUCUCACAGGUCCCAAGAUGUCUCUUGCCUCAUGCACUUGUGCAUGUAUCGAUUAGAGGGUCAUCUACGUAAUAUGAGUGGACAAUGUGUCAGUCGUCAGUGUAAUGUGAGUGGAGGGUGUUUCAGUCAUAAAUGUUUGAGUAAACAGUGUGUCAUCAAAUGUGAGUGGACAGUGUGUCAUAAAUGUAUGUGAGUGAACAUUGUCAAGUCUUUAAUGUAUGAAUGGAUGGUGUGUCGGUCAUCAAUGUAUGUGAGCGAACUGUAUGUAAGAAUUUGACAAACUUGUCAAAUGCACUCUAAAGACGGCCACUUUCUACACACUUCUGCCUGCAGGCAGUCGGAUGUUUCCUUGCAUGCAGACUUCUCUCGAUCCUUUUCUGUUUCUUUUCCCUCUUCCUUUGUUCUUGUGUGUGUGUGAGAGAGAGAGAGACGAAGAUUGCAGUCUUUGAUGGUUCCACUGAUGGAUCUUUAUAAAGGCUAAUCUGACCACAAAAUUAUUUUCAGAUCACUGUUGUUAAAUUCAUUAAAAGAUGCUCAUUCCUCAAACUUUACUUAAUGACUCCAUUCCAUUUAGAGGAGAGAAACCUUUGACCAUGAUAGUUCUCAUCUGGGUUUUGGAAAGAGAACAUCUUAUUUUCUUCUUCAUCGUAAAAGCUUGGUGCUUGGGUAGCAUAUCAUUAGAAUGAGAUGCAGCGAUUAGCAGCAUGUAAAGUAUAAACUUUGAUUAAUCCACGUGGUCCUUUUCUAAAACAACAAAGCACAAAGUAUUGCAAAAUAUUUUGUCCUGUGCUUGGAAGAACUAGUUUUAUUUACAGGAGGAAAUGGUCUCUUUUACCAUGCUUGCCCACAGGAGGAACUGCUUGUGCCAUAUUUUACAUCCCUGUAAGAGUUUUCAGACUAUAGUAGUUGUACUUUAAAAAAGAAAAUGUAGUGUACUGAAAAAUAAUACUGCCUUUCAAAACUGUCAUUUAUGAGUGAUCAAUGGCUUUGGCAGGUCAAAUGUGUGCAUGCUGUGUGUGUGUGUGCUUGCUUAUAUACGCUAGCUCUGCAAUCUCACUAGUAUUUGUGCUGUAGGGUAUGUGAUUUUAGUGUUUUGACUGGCAUUGAGGCAUGGCAUAAGCAUUGUCUUUGUUUUUAGAAGCAUUUCUUUAUGACUGUCUCUACAUGUGGAGAUUGUUGGUAAGCACUGACAUGUUCACACUAAGGGUUCUGUGUGUUCUGACAAGUGUGUAUAAUAUCCUUUUUACUGCUAAACAUUUCUUUAGCACUGUCUGUGGGUGUUGUGAAAUAUGAGUCUAGUAUGGUCUAAUUUUGUGUGUUCCAUGAGAUUUUUUAAGCUUUGUCUGACUUUGAAAUACUGUGAGGGUUGCCCUAGAGGCAAGUUACUCUUAUAUCUGCCUGUUCUAUGGUAUUACAAAUAAAGAGUUAGAUAACAGA